UUCAUUUCUCGAAUGCAAAGGGCUUGACCUGAUUCAUGUCUCAUGCUUGCCAGAGUUCUCCAACUGUGGAAAUAUUAGUUCGAUCUCUCUGCGCGCAUCCACGGACCAAGACUUGAGUACCAUGACGGGAGGAAGAAGCAGACAGAGGUCUCACUCCUAUUACAGCCCAGAGGAUUGCAAGAAUUACGGUGUGCAGACACAGACUGAAGUCAUUUUCCAGAGACCUCGUUCCAGGUCUUUUUACAGUUAUGAAACAUCGGAGCCUUGCUCCGACAACGAUUUUGAAAGCGUGACCACGUCUAGUGCACUGAAGCAGAAAGCGGUCACCAUGCAACAUCCUGUAAGCAAAAACGAAAAGUCCAAUUCUAAACUCAAUAAGCACUCACUCUCGAGAGAUUUUAAUGGUAGCAAAGGUAGUCUGAAGUCUGUGUCCAUGAUGACUAUCUCAGAGUCUGACAACUGGGAGAUCUGCUCCAGCUCUGGGAUGAAAUAUGGCCAGUUUGUGGACUGGGAGAAAAUCGAUCCGGAAGCUGCGGCUCGGUACCAGCAGAUACUUGAGAGCGAGCACCCCCAGCUGAAGGCCAUGGGCCGACGAGGAUUCUGGGCGAUUCUUCAUACACUGAGAGCAAAGGCUUACUAUCACAUCAUUCACGGCAUCCAUUCCAGGUGUGUCACGCCUGAAAGAGAUGUCUACUAUGAACUGUGCAAAAAGCUCUUUGGAGAACAAAAACUCAGCAACCACCCAGUUCCAGAGUACAUGGAGGCUGGAGAAAUACCAAGGUACUGUCUCAACAAAGCGGGUCUGAAUUCUGUCAAAAAGAUUCUUCUCUGCCUGGGGAGAUAUUUCCCAGACAUGAACUUCUGCCCCAUCCUUCCUGCUUUGGUCUCACUCAUCUUACACUUCAGCCAGGAUGAGGCCGAAUGCUUCUACAGCGUUUCCAGACUGAUCUGCUACAACGACCCAAACAAGCGUUACAUUGAUCAGACCUUCCUCACGUACCGAGCCUCGUGCAUGACCUUCGGAGACCUUGCAAACAGAUGUUGCCGGGGCAUCCGGAAGCUGAUUGCCAGCUCUCACCAGAACCUUUUCGAGUUCUAUUCUGACUGGAUCAUGUGGAUCUUUGCUGAUCUCCCAUUUACAUAUGCUAUCAGAGUACUGGAUGUCUACUUGUUGGAGGGCUACAAGGUUCUUUACAGGGUGGCAUUGACUUUGCUCAGCCUCUACAAAGUCUCUGUGUCAUCUCGAGUUGCAGACGUGGAGGAUUUCCGCACGGAUAUGAAACGGUUCGUGCAGAAUGUGAAUCGCCACUGCUCGGCUGAGAAUCUUCUGGAACGAGCUUUCAUGGUUCCAAUUGCAACAAGGAGGGAGCUCAAUCUCCUGUUCAAAGCCAAUAAGGUCUCCCUCAUGCAAAAAGGGGUCAGCAUUCACCAGAAAAGGCAGUCAGUGGAUACAGUGGACUUCAACAACCUGAGCUCUGGUGUGGUGACAGGGACUGAGAUGUCAGUGGUCUGGGCCUGGAUACCAGAACGCUUUGCCCUUUUCAGUCCCAUUAAGCUCUUUAGCAAAACGGAAAACGGAGGAAGUCUCGCAUCAUUCUACUCUUACGUGGAGGGACAUGAACCUGCAGUGUUGAUCAUCAAAACUGUGGAUGAAGAGGUCUUUGGUGCCUUCAUUUCAACGGAUAUGACAGAAAGGCACAAAUAUGAGUCAAAUAAACUCACAUUUUUUGGAACCUGUGAAUGUUUCGUUUUUACGCUCCGUCCCAGCAUGGAGCGCUACCAGCGAGCCAUGGUCAACAUCAUGACCAGGAAAGUGUCCCCUCAGCAGUCUCAGGACAUCCCCCCAACUCUCACAUGCCCAGCCGGGACGCCCCAGGACCCCAGCUUCUUGACCGUUCCUUUCACCGCCCCCUCUGAGGAACCGAUGACCACUAAAGAGCCGAAGAGAUCCAAGGAACAAGAAGCCUCCAAGUUCAUAGCAGGCAGUAGCAAGCGCCUCCUCGUCGGUGGAGACGGAGGCCACGCUAUCUGCCUUCAAGAGGACUUGGAGGGAGGAUUCACAGAACAUUGUGACACAUUCAAGAGUACGCCGCUCUGCAAAGGACAUUUUAAGAUCCAGUCCCUGGAAGUGUGGGGAAUCCAGAACUCUAUUUCUUUUUCUCAUUGUUUUUCAUCCCAGCAAAAUGUCUAAAAAAAAAUACAUCACUUUUUGACUUUUAUGUCUACAUUGACUUUAUGUUAUACUAGUUUUGGGGCGGCAUAGCUCGGUUGGUAGAGUGGCCGUGCCAGCAACUUCAGGUUCGAUUCCCGCUUCCGCCAUCCUAGUCACUGCCGUUGUGUCCUUGGGCAAGACACUUUACCCGCCUGUUCCCAGUGCCACCCACACUGGUUUAAAUGUAACUUAGAUAUUGGGUUUCACUAUGUAAAGCGCUUUGAGUCACUAGAGAAAAGCGCUAUAUAAGUAUAAUUCACUUCACUUUUCAUGUAAGAAAAUUACAUCUAUAUGUGUUUUCAUUCCUAUUCCUGGUGAUUAGUUGAAUGUUACUAGAGUUGUCUAUAGCGUCACAUCACACGCCCUGCAGGACUUUACAAACCCAUGCAUAUUGUACAACAGGCUGGGUGUCAGUUUGUGUUUAUUGCCAAACAAUGGAACGUGCAAUCGUGUGCUGCCAUGUGACCUUUAACGUAAAUUACGUUUCUUGUCUAUUUUUAUCAGCAAAAUAGUGGAAAUGAGUCGGCAAUGUGAUAAAGAUUUUAAUGUGAACUGUAUGCCUUUAUGCCCAGUCCCUGAGACUGGAAGGUCGUGAGUUCAAACCCAGGCCGAGAUAUACCAAAGACUAAAAAAAAUGGGACCCAUUGCCUCCCUGCUUGGCACUCAGCAUCAAGGGUUGGAAUUGGGGGUUAAAUCACCAAAAUGCUUCCCGUGCGUGGCCACCGCUGCUGCUCACUGCUCCCCUCACCUCCCAGGGGGUGGAACAAGGGGAUGGGUCAAAUGCAGAGGAUACUUUCACCACACCUAGUGUGCGUGUGACUAUCAGUGGUACUUUAACUAACUUUAACUUUAACUUUAACUUUAACUUUAACUUUAACUUUAACUUUAACUUUAACUUUACUGUGUUUCCGCCACACACACAAAAUACCCCAAUGGUAAGUCAUAAUUAUGAGAUAAAAAAAAGUCAUAAUUAUGACAGAAGAAAGUCGAAAUCUUGAAAUUAAAAAGUCAUAACUACGAGAUUAAAAAAUCAUAAUUAUGAGAUAAAAAAGUCAAAAUGAUGAGAUAAAAAGUCAAAAUUAUUAGAAAGUCCAAAUUUUGAAAUUAAAAAGUCAUAACUACGAGAUUAAAAAAUCAUAAUUACAAGAUAAAAAAGUCGAAAUGAUGAGAUAAAAAGUCAAAAUUAUUAGAUCUCUUGUUUAGACAUGGAUUGAGCGUACAUUGAGAAAUACUUUAAACGUUAUUCACAGUAGUUUCGGUUCAUAAUCUCA